ACUUUAUCUUCUUAAAUCUUCUCCUUCUAUCUAGCUUGGGCGCCAGUUCCUGUAAUGGCUUUCGCGGGUUCACUAUCUCUGCAACUUUCAUCUUCCUUUAAUGGAGAAACCUUAUCUUCACCAUCUCUAUCUUCUGGAAGAAAAUUUCAAGAAAAAAGACUGUUAAUAGUAUCUAAGAGACUUUCAGGCCUGGAUGAAGCUAUGAGAAUUCGGAGAGAACGUGAGCUUGAAACUGAAACGAAAUUCCGUCGGAUUCAACCAUUGAAGCGUGGGAAGGUAUCACAGCGUCUUCCUGUGCCGGAUCAUAUAUCAAAGCCUCCUUAUGUUGGUUCUGCUUUGUUACCAGAACUUUCUAAGGAACAUCAAAUUCAUGAUGUUGAAGGUGUUGUUCGUAUGAGAGCUGCUUGUGAACUUGCUGCUAGGGUUUUGGAUUAUGCGGGAACUUUGGUUAGGCCAUCAGUAACAACAAAUGAAAUUGAUAAAGCUGUGCACCAAAUGAUUAUUGAUGCUGGUGCUUAUCCUUCACCUCUUGGCUAUGGAGGCUUCCCAAAAAGUGUAUGCACAUCGGUCAAUGAGUGUAUGUGCCAUGGAAUACCCGAUUCUCGCCAAUUGCAGGAUGGUGAUAUAAUAAACAUUGAUGUGACAGUGUAUUUAAAUGGUUAUCAUGGGGACACAUCUAAAACUUUUCUUUGUGGAAAUGUUAGUGAACGUUUGAAGCGAUUAGUAAAGGUGACAGAAGAGAGCAUGUUGAAAGGAAUUGCUGUUUGCAAAGAUGGUGCCAUGUUUAGAAAAAUUGGAAAAAGAAUUAGUGAACAUGCCGAGAAGUUUGGCUUUGGUGUGGUAGAGCGAUUCGUUGGGCAUGGUAUUGGGACCAUAUUUCACUCCGAACCAAUUAUAUGCCAUAAUCGAAACGAAGAACCUGGUUUCAUGGUGGAAGGUCAAACAUUUACAAUCGAACCAAUACUUACACUGGGUUCAAUUAAUUGCACAACUUGGGAAGACAACUGGACGACUUUGACAGUUGAUGGCAGCUCAGCUGCACAGUUUGAGCAUACCAUUUUGAUUACUCGAACAGGCGCCGAAAUUUUAACCAAAUGUUAGAUGAAAUGGUUAAAGAGUUGAAUUGAAAUAACCAUCCCAAAUUUGCAUGCUUGGAGAACAGAAAAUGGAAAUUGUAAAGUGAGCGUUUGAAUGAUUAGUUAAAGGAAGAAUUAAGGCGAAAGGAUUGAAGGUUACCGUAGAAUAAUAGUCACGAAGGUUAAAGAAGUGGAAGUUGUAUUAUUCAUUCCGGGUUUUAGGAUUGUUAAGGUAAAUGUAAUAAAAAAGAAAAGAUUUAACGGGUCUUGGUAAACAAUACGUGCAUCCUUUCGUGUGUUGUACUAUUUGACUUCAAAUGUCCUAUAAUGUUUUGUUUACGAAA